GGGRCCGCCCCACCGCGGAACUACAGCUCCCGGCGUGCCCUGCGCCGUUCCCAUGGCCACGGGCAGCCGGGCCCGCGCCCGCGUAGCCAUGCCCAAGGCCAGUGAUACUUUGUGGGAUCUUGCUAUAGCUGAAGUGAAGAAGAGAGAAAACCCUAAUGAUGACGAUGUCAGACCAGGGGAAGUCUGGGAAAAGUCAAUAUUAUUUAUGGGAAACAAAAMCGGGGGAAAGACYACUAUCAUAUUGAGGUGCCUUGAGAGGGAAGAGUCUCCAAAGCCAACAUUAGCCUUGGAAUAUACUUUUGGAAGAAGGGCAAGGAGGCACAAUACACCUAAAGAUGUAGCUCAUUUUUGGGAACUAGGUGGUGGAACCUCGUUAGCAGAACUCAUUCGAAUACCRAUCACUUGCCACAACAUAAGGUCAUUUGCUGUAGUUCUGGUAUUGGAUCUGUCCAAACCUAAUGAACUCUGGACUACUAUGGAGACCCUUCUGCAGGUCACCAGGAACCACGUGAACAAAAUUUUAACCAAACUAGAAAAGACAAACCCUGAAGUAGCUGCUGAAAUUAAACAGAGAAUGUGGAACGAUCUGAAGAGGGAUCACCCCGAUUAUGCAUUAGUUGACCCUUUUCCAAUACCCAUGGUGAUAAUUGGAAGCAAAUAUGAUAUUUUUCAUGAGUUCGACUCUGAAAUGAGGAAAAUAAUAAGCAAGACACUUCGAUUUGUUUCACAUUAUCAUGGAGCAUCAUUAGUGUUUACCAGUAAAUCUGAGGCUCUCCUGCUGAAAGCCCGUGCUCUUAUUAAUCACUUGGCAUUUGGCUACGAUAAAAGCAAGUCUAUGUCAGUGGAUCCCAGCAAACCUCUCUUUAUACCAGCAGGCCUGGAUUCCAUGAGCCAAAUAGGACCACCACCUGCACCUGACAGUGAUCUGGGGAAGAUGCGUGCCAACACGCCUUUGGAACUAUGGAAAAAAGUAUUUGAGAAAACAUUUCCACCCAAGAGUUUCCGUGAUUUACAAGAUACCAAGGACCCUGCUCAGGAUAGUCAAUAUGCYGAGUAUGAAGUUGAUGUCAUGAGAGCUCAGAAAAACCAGGAACUUGAACAAUACAAAAGAAAUGCCUCUAAAUCCUGGAAAGAAAUGGAUUUUGACUCCGACUGAUAAACUGGUAUAGAUGUUUUCAGUUUAUCACCAUUUUCUAAAUUAUUUUUAUAUUUUUUACAUUACAUUAACAAUUUCAUCAGAUGCAGCUGAAAAUAUGUAAUAUCAAACUACAAAACUAGUAUUUAUUCAGCAUCCCUAUUGUUAUUUUUCGUAAAAGGAGCUGUUUAUUCACUCAGUCCAAAUUUGUUUAUCUUGGCACUGGCAGAGAGUUUUAAAGUGGGGAGAAAGGAAGUCUAGAUUGCACACAGAUGGGUUURUGUAUGAAGACUGGCGUUAGUCAGUUCUACCUAUUUUAUAACACAUUGUUUAGUUUAUUUUUGAUUAUUUCUACCCUAGGCAGAUAUUUAAAUAUAAACAAGCUUUCCCACCAAAAAUAAGAAAGUAGUGUGCUAGGCAUCGUUUUGUAGUUCAGAACCAAAGCUUAAAAACUACUGCAUAAUUGUUGGAUAUAUUUGAAUAAAUAAAUAAAAUGAAAACUGGCAGAAUAAAGUGGAGUUAAAACU